GUAGAUACGCGCGUACAGCAGCAGAGCAGACAAGCCACCACACACACACACACACACACACAUACACAACGCACGCAAAUAUAUCUAUAUGUGUAUGUGUGAACGAUAAAAAAAGUGGAGGGGGAAGAAACUGAAAAGAAAAUUAAAGUCUGACCUUGGCGUCGCGGUCCCGUGGCCGCCGUCUUGUUGAAUCGGUUUUUUUUUUGAGAAGAAUAAGAAAAAAAAAGAAGAAGAAGAAUUUAAAAAAAAGUAAAAAGAACGACAGAAAAUAAAUAAGAAAAAGGAAGGAAGAAAAGAAAGGAAAAGAAAAAGCACCCACUGUUUUGAGGUUAAUAAUCGUAGAGAGCGGAGUAAUCGUUCGACUUGCGUUAGAAAAGCUCCGGAACUUCUUCGUGUACGUUAUGGAUGUAUCCGCGUUUUCCGAGGAUACUUUCGAUGCCAAAGAAUGGAUCAACAAAACGUUCAAAUCCACGGAAGCUCAAGAGAACAAGGAUGCGUUCGUCUCUUCCUUGGUCAUGAAGUUACAAUUAUACGUACAACAAGUUAACAGCGCGUUGGAGGAAACCAGUCAGUCGGUCUUGUCCAGCUUACCUAGGGUUCUUAGGGACAGCCAAUUGUUGCAACAAGAAGCUUUGGCGUUGAAGGAAAAGAUGGCUUCUGUUAAACAAGAGAUCGCCAAGGUAGAAGAAUGUACCGUGUCCUCUAUAGAAUCCUUGGAAAGACUCGAUAGAAUAAAGACUCAACUGGAAACUGCCAAACGUGGUCUGCACGAAGCUGAUAAUUGGAGCGCUUUAGCGAAUGACGUGGAGGAAGUAUUUGAAUCGGGAGACAUCGAAGUUAUAGCUAGUAAAUUAUUUAGUAUGCAAAAGUCAUUAGCCAUGCUCAUCAAUGUGGUGGAUUAUGAAGAUAAAAAGCUUCAAUUAGAGGGCUUAAAAAAUAGAUUAGAAGCAAUGGCUAGUCCUAAACUCGUUCAAGCCUUUAACACUGGAAAUUUGGAUCAGUCGAAAGUUUACGUGGAUAUCUUCAACAAAAUGGAAAGAUUACCUCAACUUCUUAAAUAUUAUCACAAUUGUCUGAAAGUAUCGUUGGGACAAGAAUGGAGACGAACUAUCGAAUUGGCGCAAGAUGAGAAUCUAACGUAUUGGUUAAAUACUUAUUAUGACAAACUUUUAUCUACUUGGCACGAACAAGUGAAAUGGUGCCAUCAAGUGUUUCCUAAUACAUCCAAUGAAAUUCUUAUCAACGUAUAUGCCGAUCUAUUAAGAAGUUUGGAUCCAAGUAUAUCGGAAUGCAUAGAAUCAUUAUUAAAACAAUAUUCCAACGCUAUGCAGCUAUCUUUAUUGUUGGAACUUAAACAACUUACCAGACAUUUUGCGGUAAACAUAAGUGGAGCUAUAGAAACGUUGUCCUUGACAAAAUCAGUAAAUCGAAAUGUUUUGAAUAAUGAAACGACAGCUAAUACAAAAACAUUUAAUCAAUAUAUAAUAUCUUUGGCGCAAGCGAUAUAUGCGCCUUACGUUCCAUACGUUAUGAAGUAUAAAACUUACGAAGUUGCACAAUUGGAACAACAGCUUCAAUCUUUGGAUCUAUUGCACGACGAUCUAAGCGAUACUAUCAAUUCUUUGUCGCUUAGUAUCUCAAGAGUUAUCGGUUAUGCGCAUGAAGCAAAUAAACGUUGUAAACUGUUUACCGAUGGCUGUGGCUAUCCAGGUUUACUUAAAGCGUUAAACAUAUAUUUUGACAAGUAUAUCAUUAAAUAUCAGGCAACUAUACGACAAUUGGAGAGGAAGAAAGUUAAACAAGAGGAUUGGAAUUUAUUUCAAAUGUGUCUUACCUUAAUGCAGAGUAUAGGAGAAUUUUUGGGACAAGUGCACCAGUUUGAAAAAUCCUUAGUAAUCGAUAUAAUCGAAUCUAAUAAUAAAUUAUUAAGCCAUACAGCCGGGCCUUUUAAUCAAUAUAAAAAAUUGCUUCUCGAAACUGCUGGACAAACCGAAUUAGAACAACUCGUUGCUUCGUUUCAGAAAGAAGACAAAACUAUUCUCGAUUCGGUUAUAAAACCUAUUCACAAACUUUGCUCCGAUUUACAUCAUGCUACUUACGAAGUUAUUUUUGCGCCCAUUUUUACUCAGUUACUCUUAGUUCAAAAAGCACCUGCUUGGUCAGGAGAUGCCAAUAAAAUGCAUCUUAGUACAGAUUUACCGGAUUAUAGUUUCGCUCCUCAAGAAUAUAUAACACAAGUUGGUCAAUAUCUGAUGACGCUUCCUCAACAUUUGGAACCAUUUUUAUUAAGGGAUAAUCCAAGUUUAACAUUGGCAUUAAAAGCUGCCGAUCCUCAGUACGCUCAGGGGUCAACGGAAUCUGGUUUCACUGGUAUUUUAUUAGAUAUUAUUGCCAGAGGAACUUGCCAAAUGUUUCAUGAUCAAACAUUAGCCAUUGGCCGAUUAAGUUCUGUUGCUUGCAAGCAACUUGCUACUGACAUAGAUUACGUUGGAAACGUUCUAGAAGAGCUUGGUCUUUCGUUAUCGGAGAAUCUGCAACAUAUGUCAUUAUUAUUAAGAUUACCACCCGAGGAAUAUCAAAGUGGUAGCUCUGGUUGCAAUGCCCGUGUCGUGGCUGCGGUAAGACAAAUGAGAAACAUUACGUUGUCUGGCUAAAAUAAAAUGAUAAUCGUACUGUUUAAAAACAAUAGAAAAACAUUACAUUUAUAUAAUGUUUUUUUUAUAAAAUAUCUUACCAUUAUAUAUUCACAAACGCAUUUUGGUAAUUACUAUUUCUUUGAUGCAAUCAAAAUAGUAUUUUACAUUCCAAAGAAAAUAUAUUAAUAUCAAAAUAAAAUAACCGGGAUAUACCAUAGAAGAUUAUUCUUCUUCGUUAAUAUUUUACAAACAAAUGCAUUGAAAACUAUAACUAAAAUAUUUCUAUUCGUAGAAAAUGUAUGAUAUAUAACAUGGUUAGAAAAAUAUCAAUCAUAGAAAAGAUAUUUUUAAUAGAUUAACAAUAAAUUAUUGUAUAUAAGUUUGUCUCAUUUUUAAAAGUUACUUUGUAUCGAGUUAACGAUCGUUUUUAUUGCAUCAACAAUAAAUCUGAAAGAAAAAAUUUAUUUGUACUAUUGAUAUCAAAAAUGUAGAAGAGACAUAAACACAUACUUCGAAUACGAUACCUAUUAUGGACAGUAAGAUCGCAUCGUUUUUCAUAUUCUAACUUGAUUACAUUUGUAAUGUCUUGAAGUUUUCUCGUGGAUUUAAUUGGUAAGUUAAACAUUUCAUUUAUUAUCAGUAACGUAGAAAGUAUAUCAACCUGCAAUAUGCAAUAAGUAUUUAUAAAAAAAAUAAAAAAAUAAUAAUAAUAAUAAUAAAAAAAAAAAAGAUCUAAAAAUGUUAUAAAAAAUAUGCCAGAUAAAUCCUUACUUCAUCGUAGUGUAUUACAGCUUGUUUUAUAGCAAGAAAGCAUGCAUGUUGAUAUUUUUUUAAAUAAAGCGUAUUCUUCAAAAUCUUUUCUGCAAGAAAUGGAAAUUUAAUUUUCAAUAUGUCCGUUGAAUUGUUUCCAGCGUUAUCAACGAUUUCUUUGCUUAUAUUGCUGAUACCAGUAUUUAAUAUAAUAGUUAAGUACGUAGCAUGCAUUUUUUGAUCGCUGUAUGUAAAUUCGAUGGUUUCAAAGUAUUUUUCUAUUAACAAAUUUAACAUUUUUAAAUUCUAAAACAAGCAAUAGAGUUAAAUGAGUAAAAUAUAAACGUAUAUAUAAACGAAUAGUAUUCCAAUAAAUGCAUUAAUAUUAUUUUCUUACAUUUGUAUGUUCGAUUAUAACGUCUUUGGGAUAUUUAUUUAAAGAUAUCAUUACAGCGUAUAAGAACUUUGGUAGAAUAGUAUUUAAUAAAUUAGAAUCUUCGUUGUAAUAUUGAGUUUUAUUAAAGUGCAAUAAAGCAAUGAUUGCUUUUAAAGCGUCGUGCAUAAAAAUUAUGCCGGCGGAUGAAGAAAUAGAUUUGAAAUACAGAACUAUAAUUUUACAACAUAUCUUUGUAGGGAGUUGGCAUUCUUUUAUCAUCGAAUUGCAUACGUUAAAAACUAUCUUCAAUAUAUUAAUCGGAAAUUGAUGUUUUUCAUGUUCUUCCAUUGUAGGGAUUCGAGGUAUCACUCUCCUGUACAAAUUUAAAGUAUGUUAUUUUUAUACGAAUUUCAUAUAAAAAAUUAUUAUUCAUUUAUAUGAACAUUUAUAUUCAUACUCUUCAACCCAUGAUAAUAUAUUUUGAAGGCAUUCUGAAACAUCAUAAACGUCAAUUUUCAAUAGGAUAUAUAUUAUUGAUAAAUAGUCCUUGAAAAGACCGAUUAAAACUUGUUCUUUCAUUACGACGUUACUUAAUUCAUUUGAACAUAUCAAUCUAUUUUCCACGUGAUAUUGUAUCACGCGCAAGUCUUUCCAAACGUUUACUAAAUCUUUAUGAUAUGCAAUUAAUAAUUUUUCUUGAAAAUCAAUAUUCAAUAAGUGCUUUAAUAUUCCUACAGUUAACACCAGUGUUUGUUCUUGUUCUUUCAUGAUCGAAUCAUUACUGUUUUCCUAUAUGGAAAAAAAAAAAAAGAAUAUUUUUUAGUCGUUCAAAUAAAGAGCAUUUUAAAUAUUUGAAUAGUACUAACCUGAUUAUACUCUACGUUUGUAAAUUUUGUUAUCAAAUCUUUUAACAAUGUAAAAACUAUAUCCAUUUUUUCCCAUUUCAUUAACGUGUAUAAAAUUGUGAUUAACAUCUCAUUGGAAACAUUAUGAUUAGAUAAUUGUUUUGCAAUGGUUUCACAUAUAUUGUUUGCAUUGCUCAUCAUAGUCACAGGUACAAACGAAAGUAAAAACAAUGUAGAUUCAUUCAAAGACAAUUUCUACAAAAAUUUUUCUUAAUUCACUUGUACGAUAAUGAAGUAAUAAAUCUUUUCUUUUCUUUUUA